AUGUCAUCAUUGAAUUUUCAAUUAAAUAUUGUUCAACAAUAUUUAACAAGAUAUGGAAUGACAAUCUACACUAUUCUUGGUGAUCUGGGAUUGAUAUUGAAUAUAUUCUUUUUUCUUCAAACAAAUCAUCGUCAUAAUUCUUGUUCGCUUUAUAAAUUGUCGAUGUCAAUCUGUGGUUUCAUUGGUUUGAAUAGUGCUGUUAUACCGAUUAUUUAUUCAUCCUACAAUCCUGAUUUGUUUAUAUCUUCUCUAUUUUUCUGUCGAUUUUCUUAUUAUUUUCGACAUGCAUUUAGUCAAAUGAUGCGAACAUUUAUUGUUUUAUCUUGUUGGGAUCACUAUUUCGUUUGCAAAAACAAACGAUUUCUUUUUUCAACAAGUCUCUAUCAAAUUAGCAUUCGACUAAUUCCAAGUGUUAUUUUAUUUUGGCUUUUUCUUGCUAUUUAUCCAACAAUGUUAUAUUCUAUUGAUGAAAACGUCUGUGAUGCAACGAAACAUAUUGAUGAAAUUAUGUAUACAAUUUAUAUUUUUAUUGUUCUCGGCAUUUUUCCAUUAGUAAGUUUAAUUACCUUUGGAUUAUUAAUUCGAAUCAAUUUACAACAUAAACGUACACGUAUUCAACCAGCGGAUCAUCCAACUCGAUCGAUACAUAUUCUUCAUAAUCGAGAUCGAGAUAUGAUAAGAUUAUUAUCGAUUGAAUUACUUAUUUAUACUUGUACAACUUUACCAAAUACAAUGAUAUUGAUAUAUAAAAUAAAUAUCAAUUCGUGUUCAAUUCAACCACUUAUUCCUAUUUGGAUAACUAUAACUGGUUCUAUAUUAUUUCUACCAACAUUUGCAGCUUUUAUCUUUAUCAUACUCUGUUUUCCAUGUUGUUAUUGUUCCUGUUGUGAUGAAAAAAUUUAUUACAAAUCAGCAACUCUUGUGUUAUUUGCUACAGGUGUACUUUUAGGAAUAUGGGCCAUUCCGUCAUACUACUUACAAUGUACGGCUUAUAGUAUCUGA